UAUAUAUAUAUAGAGAGAGAAGGAGAUUGAGAGAGAAAGAGAAAGAGAAAGAGAAAGAGAGAGGUAGAGAGAGAAAGCUUGGAGCUCUGAUACUUUAUCUAGGACUACUUUGCUCCUUAUUCGUCUGGUCGCGGCGGAACCCCAAGGUCUGAAAAGGAGAGGAAGAGAGAGAGAGAGUUGAGUUUGGGCGGUGAUAGAUCUGAGUGUUUUUCAUUCGGGUGAGGGAACGAAACCGAAGGUAGCAAUGAGUGGCAAAGGAGGUAGCAAUGGAAAGGGUAGUACUGGAAUAUCAUCGAUUCCUCCUGCUUCGAGGAAGAUUGUUCAGAGCUUGAAGGAGAUUGUCAAUAACUGUACCGAGCAAGAGAUCUACGCCAUGCUCAAAGACUGUAACAUGGACCCUAAUGAAGCCGUUAAUCGCCUCCUCGCUCAAGAUCCUUUUCAUGAAGUGAAGAGCAAACGUGAAAAGAAAAAAGAGAAUAAGGAUACCACUGAUUUGAGGCCUCGUGGUACUAGUAGCUCUUCAAAUCGUGGCGGUAAGGGUGGUGGGGAUCGUUAUUCUGGACGUGGUGGUUCAAGCCAGUUCAGCUCAAAUGGUAUGUCACUCUGCUGUACUUUCCAUUACCGUGUUUCACAUUUAUAUGGUAGUCCAGUAUUGCUGGACUCAUCUCUGAGUUAUUUAUUUAUUUUUUCAGAUUCUGGUGCUUAUCAUGGUAAAUCUGCAUACAAGAAGGAAAAUGGAUCACAUGGUUAUUUAGGAUCUUCAUCUUCAGCACCGGGUUUGACUGGAAAUAACACUAGCCGAAGACCUCCAUCCUACAGUGAUUCUGUCUCCUCAGAAAAUAAGACAUGGACAGUAGGUUCUAUGGAUGGUGUCUCUUCAACUCCACAGCCGCCUUCUGCAUUUCAAUCUGCCUGGUUGGGGGUCCCUGGUCAAGUAUCAAUGGCCGAUAUUGUUAAGAUGGGUAGGCCACAGGCAAAGGUUUCUGCCUCAUCAAACCCACCAAUCCACGGUGUCCAACAUCAAACUGUGCCUGCACCUCCUUCAGCGCAUCACAAUUUGCAUUUGUCUCAUGACCAUGGAUCUAAGGAUUCAGAGUUCCACAAUGAGAGAGGGCUUAUUCAAAGUGAAGACAUUGGCUCAAACGAUGAAUGGCCUUCAAUUGAGCAGCCACAAGCUGCUAGUCUGUCCUCUGUUUUGGAGGUGCCUGAGAACUCUGAGUCGUAUGCUGAUUCAUCUAAUUUGCCUGUAGACGGAGCAAGUCAGCACUUGAAAUCCCAAUUAGAUGAGGUUCAAGUAGAUGAAGAUGAUCUUGACGAGACACUUAAUGCUCCUCUUAUUGGUCAUGCUUCUGUAUCUGGUAGAAAUAUACAAGAGGAUGAAACUGGAGGCGAAGCUGUUUUUGAGAAUGACUCAUACGAGGACAUGUCUUCGUAUCAGGGACAUGGACAUACUUAUGAGCAUAAUAAAGCUGAAGACAGUGUUUCAUCAAUGGCUGCAAACUUGGAGCAACUUAGUUUACAAAAGGAUGAUCGAGGAGAACAACCCGAAGAGGAUGUCCCUUCUGUUGUUAUUCCAAAUCACCUACAGCUCCACACUCCAGACUGCCUGAACUUGAGCUUCGGAAGUUUUGGAUCUGGCACCAACGCUGCUAUUUCGGGUUCUGGAUCAUUUGCACCCAGGUCCAUGAAGAGUAACUUGGAGGAGACAUCUGCAUCAGUGGAUGUCCCUGCAAUGGACACUAGAAAUACUGAGUUUUAUGGGGAUGAGCAUCUUGGAACUACUUCAGAUGGAAAUAUGAUUCAUAGAACUGGAGCAAGUGCUGGAGAGUAUGAAUCUUCUUCUGUUCCUCAGGCAGAGGCCAUGAAACAGGAAACUUCUGAAGCUGAUCAAGGGAAUCAGUAUGCAUUUCCUUCUUCUGCACCUGGAUUUACUUAUGAAAACUCUCAACAGUUAAAUGUGGCAUUUAGUCAUCCACAGACAAGUGCACAGAUGCAGAAUCUUGCUCCUUUCUCGAAUGUUAUGCAAGCCUACACUAAUCAAUUACCAAGCACUUUGCUGGCUUCCUCCGUUCAGACCGCAAGAGAGGAUCUUGCAUAUUCACCCUUCCCUGUUACACAAUCAAUGCCGACAAAAUAUAACAAUGGGGCUUCUUCUAUCAGUGGUCCCACCAUGUCCAUGCCAGAGGCUUUGAGAGCAGCCAGUAUGUCUGCACCACAGCCAACUCAACAGAAUGUGCCCGGUGGCAAUGUUGCUACAGGCCCUGCUCUUCCCCAACAUCUUGCUGUGCACCCUUAUUCCCAACCGACUCUCCCAUUGGGUCAUUUCGCCAACAUGAUUGGUUAUCCUUUCUUGCCUCAGAGCUACACAUAUAUGCCAUCAGCAUUCCAGCAAACAUUCGCUGGCAACAACACAUAUCACCAGUCUCUGGCUGCAGUGCUUCCACAGUAUAAAAACAGUGUCUCCGUUAGCAGUUUGCCUCAGUCUGCUGCCAUUGCCUCUGCAUAUGGCUUUGGGAGUUCAACGAGCAUUCCUGGAGGAAAUUUCCCUGUAAACCCACCCACAGCACCCACAGGCACAACCAUUGGCUACGAAGAUGUCUUAAGCUCUCAAUACAAGGAGGCUAGCCAUUUAAUGUCACUUCAGCAGCACCAGAACGAUAACUCAGCAAUGUGGGUUCAUGGACCUGGCUCACGAGCAAUGUCCGCUGUUCCAGCUAGCACAUAUUACGGCUUCCAAGGGCAAAACCAACAGCACGCUGGAUUCCGACAAGGACAGCAGCAGCCAUCCCAGCAGUUCGGGGCUCUCAGUUACCCGAACUUCUACCACUCUCAGUCAGGCAUGUCGCUGGAACACCAGCAACAGCAAAACCCGAGGGAUGCAUCAUCGCUGGGAGGGUCGCACUCACAAGGCCAAGUCCAACAACCCUCGAAGCAAUCCCAACAACAACUAUGGCAAAACAGCUACUAAUCCUAAUCUCACCACCACCUCCUCCUCCUCCUCCUCAUGGUUUUUCAGGGUCUUUUAGUAGUGAGUUUGAAAAGUGGCCAAUGAGAGGCAUUUCGCGGUCUUAAAUAAUUGAUGUAUCAUUAUUUGGUGGUCUGAAGAGACCUUGGACUGGCUGCUCCCCUGUGCCACGAGGUUGUAUUCUACAUAUUUAUGAUUAUGUUCUUGGUCUGUUUAACGUAGGAAGAAAAAACAUGUGUGCUCUGCUAAUUUGGGGUUAGUGAGAACUAUUUUUACUUUUUUUCUUUUUCCCUUGAUUUAUUUUUUGUUGUUCCCUCCUCUUCUUGCUAUAGUAAAGAAGUUGGUUUCCCUCUGUA